AUGGGAAAGGAGCAGCCAUCUCUCGAGGGCCACAAGUCCGGUCAGGCCAACGAGCCUCUGACCAAGCCCGCCCACGCCCUUACCUUCAAUGAAGUUGUAGAGCAAACCAAAAUACUUGAGAAGCAUGGAAACAACGACCUUGGUGAGGAUGGAGGCGUCUCACCAGCCAAGAUUCUAUUGCGCCAGGUUGCCAACGCAAUGACAUUGAUUCUGAUUGCUGCUAUGGCGGUUAGUUUCGCCAUCCAGUCGUGGAUUGAAGGUGGUGUAGUAACUGCCAUCAUUCUGCUCAAUAUUGUCAUUGGUUUCGUCCAAGAAUUCAACGCCGAAAAGACUAUGGACUCGCUUCGAUCGCUCUCCUCGCCAACUGCUUCAGCUGUCCGUGAUGGAAAAACGACCACCAUUCCAACCAUUGAGGUUGUUCCUGGUGACCUUGUCGAAAUGAAGACGGGUGACACCGUCCCAGCUGAUGUCCGUAUUAUUGAAGCCGUGAACUUUGAAACCGACGAAGCCCUCCUUACCGGCGAGUCGCUCCCCGUGGGCAAAGACGGCGAGGCCGUGUUUGAUGAAGACACCGGCCCUGGUGAUCGUCUCAACGUCGCAUACAGCUCUUCGACUGUCACUAAGGGACGCGCCCGAGGUGUAGUUUUCGCUACUGGCAUGUACACUGAAAUCGGUUCCAUCGCCAUGUCUCUCCGAAAGAAGGACUCUCGUGUUCGCCCAGUGAAGCGCAACGAGAGCGGCAAGGCCAAGCCGCAUCGUUACGCGCAGGCUUGGACUUUGACUGCGACUGAUGCCGUAGGUCACUUCCUUGGUGUCAACGUCGGUACUCCACUACAGAAGAAGCUCGCGCGUCUCGCUAUCCUCCUCUUUGGUGUCGCCGUCGUCUGCGCCAUUAUUGUCCUCGCCUCGAACAGCUUCUCCAACAACCGCGAGGUCAUCAUUUACGCUGUUGCCACCGGUCUAUCCAUGAUUCCCGCAUCGCUUACCGUCGUUUUGACCAUCACAAUGGCUGCCGGAACUAAGCGCAUGGUGCAGAGGCACGUCAUCGUUCGCAACCUAAAGUCGCUCGAGGCGCUUGGUGGUGUCACGGACAUUUGCUCCGACAAGACUGGUACGCUUACACAAGGCAAGAUGGUAGCGAAGAAGGCUUGGAUUCCUGCAAAGGGUACCUACUCGGUCGGCACAAGCGACGAGCCUCACAACCCCACGAUUGGCUCCCUUUCUUUCACCGCUAAGCAGCCACGACACAUUGAUCCUGACAUCGACGAGAAGACCCAGACAUCUGAGGAAUUGAUUGAAGAGAACCCACACCUGGUAGAUUACCUCAAGGUUGCUUCUUUGGCCAACUUGGCGAACGUCCAUCAAACCAGCGAAGGUCAAUGGAAUGCUCGUGGUGACCCGACUGAAAUCGCUAUCCAGGUCUUUGCUUCUCGCUUCAACUGGAACCGUCUCAACUUCACAACCGGCGACUCGCCCAAAUGGAAGCAGAUUGCUGAGUUCCCUUUCGAUUCUGACGUUAAGAAAAUGUCCGUCAUCUUUGAAGAGAUUGCUACUUCCAAAAAGUACGUCUUCACUAAGGGUGCAGUUGAACGUGUCAUUUACUCGUGCACCUCUGUUUUUAACGGAGAGACCGAAGGUGCUACCGAGCUGGACGACGACUACCGUGAGGAGAUUCUCGGUAACAUGGAAGCCCUCGCCGCCGGUGGUCUGCGUGUUUUGGCACUCGCUAGCAAGGACUUCGAGGGUGAGCCACCCGCGAAGGGAGAGGAAUUCGACAGGAACUCUUUGGAGCAAGGCUUGACCUUCCGUGGUCUCGUUGGUCUGUAUGAUCCUCCCCGCCCCGAAACUGCUGGAUCAGUCCGCCAGUGCCAAAAGGCCGGAAUCGAAGUACACAUGUUGACCGGCGACCACCCUGGAACUGCUCGUGCUAUCGCUGCCCAAGUCGGCAUUCUACCCUCGAACAUGGAGACUCUCGCAAAGGAAGUCACUGACGCCAUGGUUAUGACUGCAUCUCAAUUCGACAAACUCUCCGACGACCAGAUCGACAACCUCCCACUGCUGCCUCUUGUUAUCGCUCGUUGCGCGCCCAACACUAAGGUGCGCAUGAUUGAUGCUCUUCACCGACGGAAGGCUUUCGCUGCCAUGACUGGUGACGGUGUCAACGACUCCCCAUCUCUCAAGCGCUCGGACGUCGGUAUUGGAAUGGGUACUGGAUCAGAUGUCGCCAAGGACGCCUCCGACAUUGUUCUCACUGACGACAACUUCGCCUCUAUUCUCAACGCUAUCGAAGAGGGCCGCCGCAUGUUCGACAACAUCCAGAAAUUUAUUCUUCAUUUGCUCGCCCAAAACAUCGCGCAAGCCUGCGUUUUGCUCAUCGGUCUCGCUUUCAAGGAUGGUAGCGGCUUCUCCGUCUUCCCUGUGUCUCCCGUCGAGGUUAUGUGGAUUAUCAUGAUUACCUCGAGUUUGCCCGACAUGGGUCUUGGUUUCGAGAUUGCUGCUCCAGAUAUUUUGGACCGCCCUCCCCAGAGUCUCAAGCGUGGUGUUUUCACAAUCGAAGUCAUGGUCGACAUGCUCUUCUACGGUCUCUGGAUCGCCGCCCUCUGCCUCGCAUCGUUCUCCCUCGUCAUGUUCGGUUUCGGUGAUGGCAACCUCGGCCAGAACUGUAACGAGUCCUACAACCCAACUUGUGACACGGUUUUCCGCGCUCGUGCGACUACAUUCGCCUGUCUUACUUGGUUCUCGCUGUUCCUUGCGUGGCAGAUGUUGGAUAUGCGCCGCUCGUUCUUCAUGAUGCAGCCAGGUUCCACCAAGUACUUCACACAGUGGGCACGCGACGUAUGGAGGAACAAGUUCUUGUUCUUCUCCAUCAUGUUCGGUUUCGUCACCAUCUUCCCGGUUCUGUACAUCCCUGUCAUCAACGACACAGUCUUCAGACACAAGGGAAUCAGUUGGGAGUGGGGCAUUGUUUUCGUUGCAACUUUCCUUUUCUUCAUUGGUAUUGAGAGCUGGAAGUUUGGCAAGCGUGUCUUCUUCCGUAGGCGCGAAGCGAAGAUGGGUGGUGGCAGACGCGGCUCAGUUGACCUGGAGCAGCGCGUAUUUGAGCGCUACCUUAGCACUGCCAUCAGUACGGAUGGCGAGAGCGACGAGAAGAAGUCGCGAGUGUGA